AUUUAAAGUUUUUUAAUUCUUUUUUUUUAUCAUAGCAAUACCGAAUUAAGAAGACUUUGACAAGGAGACAUAUUCAGUGUGCCAUAUGUAUCAUGCAGAUUAUUUAUGCAGACAGCUGGAUAAUUCGUCAGUGUAUUUUAUUUUUAACACUACAACAUGUACAAGUUGGAGGAAGCUUAUCCUUUUUUCUGAAUCAAGAAGAACUCAAACGAGGAGUAUGUGAUGGCCAGAUGUUAAAUGUAAGCAUCAAUGUCACCUGUGAAUUCAGUGGAGCUAGAGCUAAAAUCAGAGGAGGAAACGAGAUCACACACUGUGAAAACAGAAAAUGUGUAAACGGUGGACAAUUCAGCGGGAAAGACAACCUCCUUAAUGUUGUCUUCCCUAUGGACUAUAAAUCACACAUCGACAACGUUUUGGAAGUAAGCGUCACAUGCUCAAAUGGAAGUGUCUUUGAAUAUGAAUUAUACAUGGUACCAUGCAUAUCUGAAUUUCAACACACUGUCGAAUGCAACAGAACACAUGCGCAGAUAAUGUGUGAACACAACUCCUACAAUUUAUCUAAACAUGGAAUGACGAUAAAAAACUUAACAACUGGAAACAUACUGGGGACGUGCUGGAGGCAGCAAAAAUCACAAAAAUGUCUCCCUAAUGGGGCUCAGUUAAUUCUACCAUACGUGUAUGGGCAGGAGAUACAAUGUGAGAUGGAUGGACAAUUUAUAAACAUCAACAUUACAUGUAACCAAGUAUCUGAAUUUCAACACACUGUCGAAUGCAACAGAACGCAUGCGCAGAUAACCUGUGAACACAACUCCUACAAUUUAUCUAAACAUGGAAUGACGAUAAAAAACUUAACAACCGGAAACAUGCUGGUAACGUGCAAGAGGCAGGAAAAAUCACAAAAAUGUCUUCCUAAUGGUGCUCAGUUAAUUCUACCAUACGUGUAUGGGCAGGAGAUACAAUGUGAGAUGGAUGGAAAGUUUGUAAACAUCAACAUCACAUGUAAACAAGCUAAUCGCACGGAUGACCAGACAAGCGGACAGUUAGGACAUUCUUACAAAGUGCUUACCUUCGGAUGCUUUCUACUUCCCCUACUUACGCUUCUCUUUCCGCAAUAUGACUGUUAAGUAUGUUCCUCCAAGAAAUUUCUAUUGAUUUGAUACUGAAGUUUACAUGUACGUCUACCUCUUCAAUUCACAGAUUGGAGUGUUUGGUUUUACAAGGGAUGCUUAUUCCGUCUAAGCACCUGAUUCCGCCCCUGGAAUUUCAAGGAGUCCCUGCUUUAUGCUGUCUUUGUAAUGUUCGUAGAUUUCUUAAAGAAAGAUCAGUGUUCAUAAAUACCUUUUAACUUUUAUAUGAAAGAUAUGGAGGUAACGAACAGUACUCAAGAUCAAAAGUCCAUGAAAUAUAACAAAAAAGAGCAGAGCAAACACGGACCUCCGAAACAUCAGAGUUGGGAUCAGGUUCAAUGGAGGAGUGAGCAUCCCCUGCCGACCGGUCACACCCGCAGUGCGCUCCUUGUCAUGAUCGGGAAAGAAAGGAAAAAAUCCGUCGUCAAUCAAGUGUAUAAAUAAUGGACUAACAAUUGGUAUGAAAAACGUCAGUCAGCAUUUGACUCAAUGAUAAAUUCCAAACAUAAUAGCACUGUCCAACCAUUACAGGAAUUAGAGAACAUAAUGAAAUGCAACGAUACUUCCGGACCGACAACUUACACAAUCGGCCUUAAAAAGCCGUGAAUUAUCCUUCUAAGACGACCAAUACAGAUGUGAUAUAAACAAGUCAGAAUUGUAUUUGAGAACUUUAAUUCCUGUUGUUUAUAACUUCAACAAAAGAGUUACAGAACAACAACGAACAUUUGUAUUUAUGAUAAAAGAAAAUGAACAGUCUCGUGUAAAGUCAUUAUUUUGUAUGUUCUAUAACGGAUACAACGAUCUUGUCAGCAAAUACAGUCUAAAUCAUUCAAUUAAUCAAAUGCUGAUAGGCGUUUAUCAUACUAAUUGUUAGGUCAUUAUUUACAUUGAUUUGUUUAAGGAAUUUUUUCGUUUAUAUACGCGACCAUGACAAAAAAAAAAACAACAAAACAGACGGCAGGUGUGACCAGUGACCGGUCGCUUACUUGAUCCCACUUCUGAUAUUUUGUACUGUUUAUUCUACAUGUAUUAUAUUCUUUUUUUAUGUGUUUGUAUCUUUUCUUACCUCAUCUCUACUACGUAUGUUUGUACAUUUAAUAGAAUAAAUCAUUGUCAUUGUCAUUGAUAACCUAUUAGAGAUCUUUGUUUGGUCUGCUCCUGAUUUGUAUUAAUUAAUAUUGUUUGAAUGGACUUUUAAGUUGAAAACUCUUCGUUACCUACAUAUUACAUGGAUAUCAAUAAAUAAUGUUUUACUAUUUGCAAAUCAAUCAAAUCAAUACAAGGAAAAUGAUGUACUUAGAGUAGAAAAAGUGCCAUUUUUUCAGUUAAAAUGAACAAAUUUUGAAAUAUCUUCAAUAUCUUUUGAGCAUUUAAGUUUUAUAUUAAUGAUUAUUUUUAGAUUUUUA